CGUCAGAGGAUGACACAGCACAAACCAGGAGAAAAUUAUACUAUUUAAAAAAAGUCUUCUGUAACAACGAAAGUUACAAAACGUCUUUCCUCCAAACAUUUGCACAGCACAGGGUCAUGUGACCGUGGUCCGUCCUCCACAGCCACUACUUGAAGUUGUUGAGAGGACAGCUGCUACAGUCAAGUCGCGCCGUCUUGCUGCUGACGCUGAUGGCGAUGGAGAGUUUAAAACAGUUCCUGAUCGUCCUGUCUGCUGCCGCCGCCGUCGGGUUUGUCGCCAUAAUAUUCGUGCUGAGAUGGGUCCUCCACUAUAAAGAAGGUUUAGCCUGGGAUGGAGGACUGGCCGAGUUCAACUGGCAUCCGGUGUUGAUAGUCACUGGGUUUAUUUUCCUGCAGGGCAUAGCCAUCAUUGUCUACAGACUCCCAUGGACCUGGCAGUGCAGCAAACUAAUGAUGAAGUUCAUCCACGCAGGCCUGAACUUACUGGCGUUCAUUUUUGCUGUUAUAUCUAUGGUGGCGGUUUUUGACUUCCACAAUACUGCCAAAAUCCCCAACAUGUACAGCCUGCACAGCUGGCUGGGCCUGACGGCUGUGAUACUGUACUGUCUGCAGCUUGUUUUAGGAGUUGGCAUGUACUUGAUACCGAUUACACCUGUAUCCUGGAGAGCAGCGUUUAUGCCCAUCCAUGUCUACAGCGGUCUUUUACUCUUUGGCAGUGUUAUAGCUGUGGCACUCAUGGGCAUCACAGAGAAACUCAUUUUUGGCUUGAACAAUCCAAAGUAUAAGGACUCUCCACCUGAGGCAAUUUUUGUAAACGUUCUGGGAGUCCUCUUAGUGGUUUUCGGAGCUCUGAUCCUCUGGAUUGCCACUCGAACAUCUUGGAAACGCCCCAGUGACCAGAUCCUGCAUACUUUGCAUACCAAUGGGGGAAGUGAGGACAACACCAAAGUGGGUCCAGCCCUGUCUCAACUGUCUGAUGAAGCUGAUGCUGAGGCCUGCGGGGAUGUUAGGAGGAGGAAUAACAAGUCUGAUGAUCAGGGUAACUGAGUGCAAAAUAACUGUGUAAGUGUCGAAUGUAUGUGUGACCACACUGGUCAGAGAAAGUUUAAAGAAAGAAAUGUAAUCAUGCUGAUCUUUCCAUACAAAACUUUCUGCACCUUAACAUUUUUUUUAUAUGUUUGCAUUUUUGAGCUUGGUUUUGUUUCCUGCAACAUCUAUUGUUGUAAGCAAGUAUAAAUAAUGGUUGGCUACUCUAACAGGAUUGUGAUGAUGAUGUGGGAAUUUACUUUAUUGACAUACACUGUACAAAUAAUCCUGACUUUUUAUAUAUAGUCCUGCUAUGCUGAUAUCUGGGUUUUUUUACGUUUUACAUAAAUGUCUUUUGAAUAUUUAGAGAAAUAUUAAUGCUCUAUAAUAAUUAUUGACUGCAGAGAAGGAAAAUAUUAAUACAAUAGGACACAGUCAAUGUUAUGUGCACUAAUUUGUGAUUGUUAUAGAGUUACUGCAUUAAGACUCUGUACCUGAUGAAGAGCCAAUUUGGGCUCGAAAUGUUGUACUCUUUCUAGAUGUAAUAAAGACGAUUAUUUUAAA